AUGGCUCUCUGCCGGAUUUUCUCAUCCCUUUUUCUUUUUCACACUUUACUAGACUGUCAAGCACUGAGAAACUAUCCGGAUAAUGAAGUAACCCUUCUGGAUUCCAUGUCAGCUCCAGGAGAUCUGGGCUGGGAGGCCUACCCAUCAGAAGGGUGGGAGGAGAUCAGCGUGAUGGAUGAGCGCAACAUCCCCAUGCGCACAUACCAGGUAUGCAACGUGAUGGAAGCCAACCAGAACAACUGGCUGCGCACGGCACUGAUCCCACGUGCUGGUGCCCGCCGUAUUUACGUUGAACUCAAAUUCACAUUACGUGACUGCAACAGCCUACCUGGUGUGCCUGGAACCUGCAAGGAGACAUUUAACAUGUACUACCAUGAAUCAGAUGGUGCAGUGGCACCCCCACCACUACGGCAUGCUCGCGAGAGCCAGUAUGUCAAAAUUGAUACAAUUGCAGCAGACGAGAGCUUCACCCAGAGCGAUGUGGGGGAGCGUGUCAUGAAGCUCAACACAGAGGUGCGCCACAUCGGCGGACUCAGCAAGCGAGGCCUCUACUUAGCAUUCCAGGACCUGGGUGCCUGUAUCGCCUUGGUAUCAGUCCGUGUGUUCUAUAAGCGAUGCCCGCUGGCCGUGACGAACCUGGCACUUUUCUCUGACACAGUGACAGGCGGAGACCAGGCGCUGGUGGAGGUACGAGGAUCCUGUGUAGAAUAUGCUGAGGAGCUGGAGGCACCACGCAUGUUCUGCAGUGCAGACGGAGGCUGGCUUGUGCCUAUUGGACGCUGUGUGUGCAGGCCUGGGUUUGAGGAGAUCGAUGGACAGUGUCAGCCCUGUAGAUCUGGCUUUUACAAGGCCUCAGCCAUGGAUGCCUACUGCAUGAAGUGUCCACCACAUAGCUUCACGCAUCAGGAUAAGGCUUCUGAGUGUGUAUGUGAAAGGGGAUACUACAGAGCCGAAUCUGACCCUCGCUCCAUGGCCUGCACAAGGCCUCCGUCAGCACCAACCAACCCCAUUUCCACAGUGAACGAGACAGCAGUGACUCUGGAAUGGAGCCUGCCGCGAGACACUGGGGGCAGAGGGGAUGUAACCUACAGUGUCCAUUGCAGGAAGUGCUCAAACUCUGUGGGUGAGAUGCUUGAAAAGUGCGUCCCCUGUGGCAGCAGUAUUCACUUCAGCCCACGACAGUUUGGCCUGGCUCACCCCGGAGUUCAGGUCAGCGAGCUCCAGCCUCGAACCAACUACACAUUUAGCAUUGAGGCAGUGAAUGGAGUCUCAGAUCUCAGCUCAAGCCCUCGACACCUAGUGAAUAUCAACAUCACCACCAGUCAGUCAGUGAGUGUGAUUGUCAAGGAGAGGAGGAGCAGGGACAGCAUCACCCUGACCUGGCAGGGUCCAGAAACUUCAGACGGUGCCGUGGUGGAAUAUGAAGUCACCUAUUAUGAGAAGAAUCAGCGAGACCAAAACUACACAGUGCUGAAAACCAAAUCCAACAUCAUGACUGUGGAGGGCCUGAAGCCAGGUACCAUUUACGUGUUCAGGGUUCGUGCUCACACUGAUGGAGGCUAUGGCAACUAUGAAGGAGAGAUUGAGCUGGAGACAAGGCAUGAAGACAUGUUGGCAGUGGGAGAUCCAAACCAGAAGACCAUCUUGGCUGUGUCCAUUGCUGCUGGUGUAGUACUCCUCAUCCUUCUUGUGGUCUGCUUUGUGGUCAGUGGCAGGCACUGUGGCUACAUUAAAGCAAAGCAAGACCCUGAGGAGGAGAAAAUGCAGUUCCAGCAUGGCCGCGUCCCACUUCCUGGAAGCAGAACAUACAUUCAUCCUCACACAUAUGAGGACCCGAAUCAGGCAGUACGUGAUUUUGCCAAAGAAAUUGACAUCUCCAACAUCCGUAUAGAGCGAGUGAUUGGAGCUGGUGAAUUUGGGGAGGUGUGCAGUGGCCGUUUGCGUCUGCCAAGUAAAAGGGAGAUCCAUGUGGCCAUCAAGAGUCUAAAAGCAGGCUACACAGAGCAACAGAGGCGGGAUUUCCUCAGUGAGGCAAGCAUUAUGGGACAAUUUGACCACCCCAACAUCAUCAGGCUGGAAGGGGUUGUGACCCGACGCAAACCUGUGAUGAUAAUAACAGAGUACAUGGAAAAUGGAUCGUUGGACACAUUUCUGAAGAAACAUGAUGGCCAGUUUACAGUGAUUCAGCUUUUGGGCAUGAUGCGUGGUAUUGCUGCUGGGAUGCAGUAUCUCUCUGAGAUGAACUAUGUACACCGAGACCUUGCAGCAAGGAACAUUCUGGUAAAUGGAAAUCUGGUGUGUAAAGUGUCAGACUUUGGACUGUCACGCGUGCUGGAGGAUGACCCAGAUGCAGCAUAUACUACCAGGGGAGGAAAGAUUCCUAUCAGGUGGACGGCUCCAGAGGCCAUAGCCUACAGGAAGUUCACUUCAGCUAGUGAUGUGUGGAGUUAUGGUAUUACCAUGUGGGAAGUUAUAUCCUAUGGGGAGCGACCAUAUUGGGAGAUGUCCAAUCAGGAUGUGAUAAAGGCAAUAGAUGAGGGCUACAGGCUGCCAGCACCCAUGGACUGCCCUGUGGUAUUGCACCAGCUCAUGCUGGACUGUUGGGAGAAGAACCGCAGUGAUAGGCCUAAGUUUGGGCAGAUUGUCAUCAAUCUGGACCAGUUGAUCUGCAACCCCAGUAGCCUUAAACAGCUGGCCAACAGUACAGUCUGGGAGGACCCAGCAACUCCAGAGCCUGCAUUUAGCACAGUGACUGACUGGCUGGACUCCAUUAAGAUGAGUCAGUACAAAGAACAUUUCUCCAGUGCUGGCUACGUCACUCUUGACUCAGUCCUCUAUGUCAGUGUCAGUGAACUCAGGAAGAUGGGUAUUGUGUUAGCAGGCCAUCAGAAGAAAAUCCUCUCAAGCAUUCAGUGCCUGCAUGUACAGCAUCAGCAGUAUCAGCAGCAGGGAACCCACGUGCAGGUGUAAAGUCUCGACUCCGGUUAAGGCCCAGCUCCUCAUUCCUAGCUCUAUCCUCAGACAGAUGUGUCUUCCUGCCCACCACUCCAGCCAGCCACUCCACUAUCAGCACUGAGAUCACCAAUGCACACCGGCCUGCCUUUUCUGAUUUGUGGUUCGGGU